AUGGCUUCCCAUCCUGAAUUUGAGCGUGCAGGCAAAGAGGCGGGGCUUCAGGUGUGGCGGGUGGAGAACAUGGACCUGGCUCCGGUUCCUGAGAGUCUUUAUGGACGCUUCUACACCGGAGACGCCUACGUGGUUCUGAACAGCACCAGCAACCGCCGAGGAGACCUGCAGUACGACCUGCACUACUGGCAAGGUGCCGAGUGCUCUCAGGAUGAAAGUGGAGCCGCGGCCAUUCUUGCUGUCCAGAUGGACGACUUCCUGCAGGGCGCGCCCAUCCAGUACCGCGAGGUCCAAGGUCACGAGUCCUCCACCUUCAGCGGGUACUUCAAAACGGGCCUCACCUACCUGAAAGGAGGCGUGGCCUCAGGGUUCAACCAUGUGGUGACCAACGAGGUGGACGUUCAGAGGCUGCUCCAGGUCAAAGGUCGGCGUGUCGUUAGGGCAACAGAGGUUCCGGUCAGCUGGGAGAGUUUCAACCAGGGAGACAGUUUCAUCCUGGACCUGGGACAGGAAAUUAUCCAAUGGUCUGGUUGCCAUAGCAACGUGUUUGAGAAGCUCAAGGCCACCAAGGUCUCUAAGAGUAUCCGUGACAACGAGAGGUGUGGGCGGGCCAAUCUCCAGGUGGUUGGUGAAGGCGAAGAGCCAGAGAAGAUGAUAGAGAUUCUGGGAGAGAAACCGGAUCUUCCCGAGUCCCACCAGGAGGACACCCAGACGGACGUGUCCAACAGAAAGGUGGCCAAGCUCUACAAGGUGUCCAACGCCGGGGGGGACAUGGAGGUCACCCUGGUAUCGGAGCAGAACCCGUUCCCCCAAGACGCCUUGGAGUCCACUGAGUGUUUCAUCCUGGACAAUGGAACCAACGGACAGAUCUUUGUCUGGAAAGGAAGGGAUGCUAACAGCGAUGAGCGGCACGCUGUCCUGCAGAGCUCAGAGAAGUUCAUCCAGCAGAUGAACUACCCCCCCUACACCCAGGUCCAGGUCCUUCCCGAGUACGGCGAGACCCCCCUCUUCAAGCAGUUCUUUAAGGACUGGAAGGACGCCGAUGACACCGUUGGCAUGGGAACGGCCUACGUUUCCAAUAAAGUGGCAAAGAUACAGAAAGUACCGUUUGAUGUGUCAAAGCUGCACCAAUCAGAUUCCAUGGCAGCUCAGUACGGGAUGGUGGACAGAGGAGACGGAGACAAAAAGAUCUGGAGGAUUGAAGGAUCCGAUAAGGUUCUGGUGGACCCGGCUUCCUACGGUCAGUUCUUUGGAGGAGACAGCUACCUGAUCCAUUACCAGUACCAGCAUGGUGGCAGGCAGGGUCACAUCAUCUACAUCUGGCAGGGGGCGGAGUCUAGUCAGGACGAGACCGGGGCUUCGGCUGUUCUGGCCAUCCAGCUGGACGACGAACUGGGAGGUGGAGCAGUCCAGGUGAGGGUUGUUCAGGGCAAAGAGCCCCCCCACCUCAUGAGCAUGUUUGAUGGCAAACCAAUGGUGGUCUACAAGGGCGGGACAUCCAGGGAGGGCGGCCAGUCUGCAGCGGCAGAGACCCGUUUGUUCCGGGUCCGAGCCAAUCCAGCAGGAGACACCAGAGCUGUGGAGGUGGAGCCGUCCUCCUCCUGUCUGAACUCCAACGAUGCUUUCCUCCUGGUGUCCUCCUCUGGAUCCUGGCUGUGGAAAGGGAAGAGCAGCAGCUCAGCUGAAGCUAAAGGAGCCGAUCAUCUGUCCGAGAUCCUCCAGGUUACUCCCACCCAGCUGGAGGAGGGGGGGGAGGAAGAUGGCUUCUGGGAGGCUCUGGGAGGAAAGGAGGACUACUGUCACUCUCCUCGGCUCAGCAACUCCAUGGAUGCUCAUCCUCCUCGUCUGUUUGCCUGCUCCAACAAGUCCGGAAACUUCCAGAUGGAGGAGGUUCCAGGAGAGCUAACCCAGGAUGAUCUGGCUCCUGAUGAUGUCAUGAUCCUGGACACCUGGGAUCAGGUCUUUGUGUGGAUCGGCAAGGAGGCUCAUGAGGAGGAGAAGAGGGAGGCAGCGGUAUCAGCGGAGCGUUACAUCGGCACCGACCCGGCUGGCCGUGACCCGCGGACCCCCGUGGUGACACUGAAACAGGGAUUCGAACCCCCGACCUUCACCGGCUGGUUUCUGGGCUGGAACCAUGAGUACUGGAACCAGGACCCACUGGAGCGCUUCAUGCAGGGCCUGUGACAUCACUUCCUGUGUGCUGUGGAGCAGAAUGAAUAAAGAACAGAUGGAAGCGUU